AGGUGUGGGUGUGGUGCUGAAGGGAUAGCGCCGUUCUUUCUCGGACUGGGUGUGACUUUGAGGAACUCUCCGAGGUCCUGAUCGCUUUCUGACCUCAGAGGACAGGUUAUGAUUGGUCAUUACAGCACAUUUGGGUUUCCCACAUGUUGUGGAUUUGGAGAACAGUCCAGUCAGACCUGAUCCGCUUCAUCUGGUUUCUGGACCAGCUACAGUGCGACCACCUGCGCUCUGCAACCGGCUCAAGGCGGUGACUGUCCAACAGGAGAAAAAAAGACAAGGCUGAAGAAGAGCGACUCUGAGCAUCUGUGCAAAAAAAAAAAAAAAAAAAAAUGUCAACCGGCGGGGAAGUGCAACAUUUUUUCCACAGUGUGGGCUCUGACAGCCCCUCCAGGCCCAGGCAGAAAUUUUGUGGCGUGUUCUGCCCCGUGGAGGGCUCCUCAGAGGCGAAGACGCUGGACUUUGACGCGCUGUCAGCUUGCAGGGGCAGGAGCUCCGGCGGUAGAGUCAUUGACCGGCAGAGCGACAUCUCCCAGCCCAGGAAGGUUGAGAUCAGGGAAAGCACGGGCAAGGAGGCGCUCCAGAACCUGGAUGAUAAACGGAGUGAUCGUCUCCUGAUCAAAGGAGGGAAGAUUGUGAAUGAUGAUCAGUCCUUCUGUGCUGACAUCUACAUGGAGGAUGGGGUCAUUAAACAAAUCGGAGAAAACCUCAUCGUUCCUGGAGGGGUGAAAACCAUCGACGCCCACGGUCGCAUGCUGAUGCCAGGUGGGAUCGACGUGCACACGCGUUUCCAGAUGCCCGACCGGGGCAUGACGUCGGCUGAUGAUUUUUACCAGGGCACCAAGGCGGCGCUGGCGGGUGGCACCACAAUGAUCAUUGAUCAUGUGGUUCCUGAGCCCGGCGUCAGCCUCAUGUCCGCCUUCGAGCAGUGGCGUGAAUGGGCUGACAGCAAGUCCUGCUGCGACUACUCGCUGCACAUCGACAUCACCGAGUGGCACAGGGGAAUGCAGGAGGAGAUGGAGACGCUGGUGAAGGAUCAUGGUGUCAACUCCUUCCUGGUCUACCUGGCGUAUAAAGAUAUUUUCCAGCUUACUGAUGCUCAGGUGUACGAGGUGUUCAGCGUGAUCCGUGAUUUGGGAGCCAUCGCCCAGGUUCACGCUGAGAAUGGCGACAUCGUUGCUGAGGAGCAGAGGCGGAUUUUGGAGCAGGGGAUCACCGGACCUGAAGGACACGUGUUGAGCCACCCAGAGGAGGUGGAGGCGGAAGCUGUUAACCGCGCAGUGACUGUGGCCAAUCAGACGAACUGCCCGCUGUACGUUACCAAGGUGAUGAGCAAGAGCGCCGCUGAUGUCAUCGCUCAGGCAAGGAAGAAGGGCACCGUGGUCUACGGAGAGCCAAUCACUGCUAGCCUGGGAACAGAUGGCUCACACUACUGGAGUAAGAACUGGGCCAAGGCUGCAGCCUACGUCACGUCCCCUCCCCUGAGCCCUGACCCGGCCACUCCGGACUAUCUCAGCUCCCUGCUGUCCUGUGGGGACCUGCAAGUGACAGGAAGUUCACACUGUCCCUUUCACACUGCCCAGCGUGCUGUGGGGAAAGACGACUUCACUUUGAUUCCUGAGGGCGUCAAUGGCACAGAGGAGAGGAUGUCUAUCAUCUGGGACAAGUGUGUGGUGACUGGUAAAAUGGAUGAAAACCAGUUUGUGGCAGUGACCAGCACCAAUGCAGCCAAGAUUUUUAACCUGUACCCCCGCAAGGGCCGCAUCGCUGUGGGUUCGGAUGCCGACCUUGUGCUCUGGGAUCCAGACGUCACGAAGAUCAUCUCUGCCAAGAGCCACAACUCUACUGUAGAGUACAACAUCUUUGAAGGCUUAGAGGUGCGUGGCGGGCCCCUUGUGGUAAUCAGUCAGGGUAAGAUUGUCUUGGAGGAGGGGAUCCUCCAUGCCACUGAGGGCUCGGGACGUUUCAUGGCCCGCAAACCCUUCCCUGACUACGUCUACAAGAGGAUAAAGGCUCGCAGCAGGCUGGCGGAGCUGAGGGGCGUGCCCAGGGGACUCUAUGACGGUCCAGUCUGCGAGGUGUCCGUCACUCCUAAAACUAUGACACCAGUCUCUUCUGCCAAGACCUCACCUGCCAAACAACCCAACCAGCCGGUUCGCAACCUGCACCAGUCUGGCUUCAGCCUGUCUGGUGCUCAGGUCGAUGACAACAUUCCCCGUAGGAACACCCAGCGCAUUGUGGCGCCCCCAGGUGGCAGGGCCAACAUCACCAGCCUGGGUUAAUCUCCGCCACCAAACCCCCACUGGUCACCCUGCCGAGGAGGAAUUUUGUCAAAGGAUGGCAUUCAGUCGGUGAGAUCAGGUCAAUAAGAGAUGCCAUAACACCCGAAGCCGAAUCCUUCACUGCACCUCAGCCGCCUGUUCGUUCAGCGACACUUCCUCCUUUGCAGUUUUUUUCACCUACCAACUUUCCUGUUUCCCCAAACUCUAUUGGACACAGUUAGAAUUAAAUAGAAAACAAACAAAAAGGAAGAAAGAGAAAAAAAUAACACUGCUUUUUGAGCACUUUUGACUGCAUUGUUUAGUUUUUUUAUAUACUGUACUUUCUUUUUUCCAUUUGUCCUUUUUAUUUUUUUUGCUUUACUGUUUUUGUUGAGGGUUCAGAUGAAUCAAAAAGGUAACGUUUAUGCAAGAUACUGUAUUUCAGUUAAUUUUUUUCUUUUGUUUUGGUGAAAGCUAAAAUGGAGAAUGGAUAUCAAACUGAACAGUCUUAACAGUGUUGCAGCCAGGUCAAGAGUCUUAACUCAUUUGAUAAUUUACAGUGAAGGCUGACUUAAGAGUUGACAAAAUUAAAGAGAUUUUUUUUUUUUUGUUUGUUUUUUUAUUUGUAUUUUAUUGCAGUGUAUCUAAUGUUUUUCCACCUAUGACUCUGCCAAGCUAAAAGUCAUGUGAUGGUUGGAAAAAGCUUUAUGCUUCACCUCUCAGUUUUGUGUCAUUCUUGCAUGGCAAAAUUGGUAGGUGAGAGCUAUGGUUGAUUGAGAAAGUUUUACUCUGUCAAACGUUGCCUUUCCAGGCCUUAUUGUCUCUUAAUAUCCUUUUAGUGAGAUUUGUCAAGUCGGGAAAGUGAUUGAUUUUUCAUGUUUGCUUACCUGAGUCACAAAGGUCCAAAUUUCUCAGCCGACAGCUGCAGAAGCCGCUCACAGUCAUCCUCCACCAACCAACUGCUCCUUAUGCAUACAGACUGUUUUCUACUCAUCAAAAUCUUUCCUUCAUUUCCAUUUUUAUGUGCCUGAACCAACAGAAGUUGUAAUGAUAUUUUGAUUUUAUUCUUUGUUUAUUUGUUGUUGAGGUAAGUGAAGGAUGUAAGAUAAAAAGAUGUAAAAUAGCCAGGAUUAACCGAUUCAAAGGUGCCAGAUUUUUGUGCUUUCAUAGGGCCUAUUCAGCUCGAUUGAGCCCUCCGCAAAGGCAAAAAAAGAUCGUUAUCUUGAACUGUUCUAAUGUUUUAGAGUUUUUACCUUGUUGUCAAACUGCUUUUUAGUGUUAUCCUGUAACUAGGUGCCUAACGGCUGAGCACUAUUGAUUUACGCUUGAACAUAGAAAUGAGCUAAUGUAUCUAAUGUUGAUGUGGGUGAGGGAUGGGACACCUACAGGAGGCGCCUCAUAAAAAAAUGUUUCUGUAAAGGAUGAAGUAAAUGUUAAAAUCCAAUUUUUUGCCAUCAUGAGACAUGCAUGAGAGUGAGCCAUUAUGCAGUUACCAUUUUAUUUUUAAUUCUUCACCAACGGUUGUCUAUGGGAAAUUUGUCAUAUGGUACAUUUAAGGAGGUGUACAGAAAAAGACAUGGAAUAUGUUAACACAUAGACAGCCAACUGUAACUGAUUAACUUUGGCUAAAUAUUUGCAACAUUAGCAUGAUGACCACUAAUGGUACCAUGCUAAUUUGGCAAUUAUAUGCUCUUUAUUAGCAUGCUACAUGCUAACAGUUGAAUGUUAACACUAGCCUCCACUGCAACAAUUAGCUUAAAUUUGGUUGCUAACAGCCAACCUUAGCAUACUUCAAAGCUAUAUUCAAACACCCAAGUACAAGCUGCUUCCACAUUAGUCGGGAUGGAAUGUUGAGUUCACCCUGAUAUAAACCUGAUAUAAACACAGUUGAUUCUUUAAUUAAGAGGUUAAGCCUUUGACAUAAUUUGGAUUUGGAACAUCUCUUUUGAAAGACCACAAUUACCACUUCACUUUUAGCUUUCAUGCAAGUCUCUAUUUGUGGUAGAAUUUUAGUUGAUAAUGCUAGCCUGAUUAAUAAUCCUAUCAGCCAAAAUAAUAUUUUCCUAUGGGUACUUUAAUUGCAGUCUAUGCUAAGGUGCUUAAUGCUUUUCAAGCUAAUGGUAGAAUGCUAAUGCUAACAUCCACCGCAAAACUUUGACCCAGCCAAAUAUUAGCAUGCUGUUACUAUGCUAACAGUAUCAUACUAACACAACAUCCACAGUUGAUAUUUAGCCACAGCUAAUUCUAAUAUUUAGAUGUUAGCAUGCAAAUGUUCACAGCUAAAAAAUUGCAAUUUUCAAAUGCUAUGAAAACACACAAGCUGAAGCUACUAAGUUUAAAUCUUUACAGUUCAGCAGCUUUUUUGUCAAAUGUGUUCAGUAACAACACUUAAAUGGGUAAAUUACCAGAUGAAUGCAAGCACAAGAGCAGUUGGCUAAUAAUAUCUACUUAGCAAUCUAAUGAUCAAAGUACAUCAAAGUAAACAUUUCAAACUUUUUUUUAAAAUGAUCCAGAAGACACGUCACCAUCUUAGAUGCUGAAACAAAAUCUGGAGUCAGUUCUUUAAUCAAGACUUGGCUAAGCUUUUUAUUUUAAUUAUAUUCUCAAAUUUAAAGAUUGAAUUAAAGAGAGUCUUUGUUUUUCUGGCCUGUGAAAAGUAUUGCAUAAUAAUGCAUUACUUUUCUCUUUUGGAAUCAGUUGCAUGAAACAUCAUCCUAUUUGCAAUGACUGGAAAUCAGGUCCACUAUUUUUUUUUAUCCAAUCCAGUUUAUUUAAAGACACAGUAAUACAGUUUGGCAGUGACUCCUUUUCACCCGCCUCCUUUGAACAGUCUCUCUCCCCACUCCUUCAGUUGUUUCUGGCUGUUCCAUUGGCGACAAACCUUUAUUCUCUUUAAUGUUCAGCUGUUUGUCAUGGCAACCUGGUGCUAUUACUCAAAACUCUGUGCUGACAUAUUUUAUGAAAUAUUUUGCUGAACCUCUAAAAGACCAGAAAACAUUCUGCAGACAAUGUUAGAAAUGCAUAGAAGAGUUGAAUUUUAUGCAAAAAAAGCCAACCGUCACCACUGGCGUCCUCCCUGUGUCUCAUGCCUCCUCCAUCUACACACACCGUUUUGGUCUUUUGAUGCUCUGUCAGCUUGGAUGCGUUCUUUCUAUGCCGUAUUAUGCUAAUGAUAUACGAGUGACAUGCAUGUACCCAACAUGCUGCAGACUGACAGGUUCUGUUCUGAGGUUAUUGAUGCUGUUGAACACCACCUUUCCCCCCAUAAGCCCGUAGUCACCCCACACCUCCUCUGUAAGCUCUUCCCCCUUGUUUUUGUGAAAGUGAAACUGUGCGAUAGUGUUUGUGCUGGUGGCUGUGGGGUUUCUGGGAUGCUUGCUUGUUAUUAUGAAAAGAUCAUGUGGACAGCGAUGUAAAAUAAAUAAACAAAACAAGGACUUCAAAAUAUGAAAA